AUGCAGGCCGAGGUCAGGCGGACCUUCACCCUGGGGGUGCUAGGUCCCUGGGACUGUGACCCCAUCUUUGCCCAGGCUCUCCGCAGUGUGGCUGCCCAGCUGGCUGUGUACCAAGCUAACCAGGACUCCUCACUGAUGCUGGUUUCUGUGGUCCUUCCCAUGGGCUGUGACACCCCUCACGCCCUGGCCACAUUUCUAGCCCACAAGCACAUGGUAGCUGCUUUUGUGGGCCCUGUAAACCCUAGUUACUGCCCAGCGGCAGCCCUAUUGGCCCAAGGCUGGGGCAAGACCCUUCUCUCCUGGGCAUGCGGGGCUCCAGAGGGAGGUGGUGAGCUGGUGUCCACUCUGUCUUUGGCUGCCCGGGUGCUGCUGUCCAUCAUGGGACACUCCGGCUGUGCUUGUGUGGCUGUUGUGUCCUCCCACCAGGACAUCUGGGUGGCCACAGCCCAGCAGGUGGCCGUGAUUCUCAGGACACAAGGGCUGCCUGUGGUGCUGGUGACUUCUCUGGGACCUGGGGCAGGGGCCACAGAGGUACUGAAGCAGCCCUGCAGCAUGGACGGCCUGAAAAUCCUGGUGCUGUGCGUGCACUACGUGCUCCUGGUGCUUGAGCAGAGGGCCCGCCUGAGACAAGCCUGGGCCCAGGGCCUGGCGGAUGGGAGGCUGGUCUUCCUGCUCUAUGGCACCGUGCUCUUGGCUUUGCCCUACCGGAACCACUCCUACCAAACCCUUGGCCAGAGUGGGCCCCUUGGAGAGGUCUAUGAUGCAGUGCUCAGUGUCACCCUGGAGUCUGGCCCCAUGGAUGAAGCCUUCAAAGACUUUGGGGCCAGUGGAGAGGUGGCUGCCCUCCCAGAGCUGGAGCAGGGAGAGUGGGUGUGGCCAGAGAAGUCUGAAGCAGGCGUGGCCUCUGAGCUGUGGCCUGGCUGCCUCAACGUCCUGAGAAAGGUGCAGGAGCUGCAGCAUGGGAAUGUUGCUACCUGCCUGGGUUUCUUCAUGGCUCCUGGGAUCAGUGCUCUGGUGCUGGAGCACUGUGCCCGGGGCAGCCUAGAGGACCUGCUGCAGAAGGAGGCCCUGCAGCUGGACUGGACCUUCAAGGCUGCCCUGCUGCUGGAUUUGAUUCAUGGCAUGCGCUAUCUGCACCAUCGACGUUUGCCUCGUGGCCGCCGCAAGUCCCGAAACUGUGUGGUGGAUGGCGGCUUCGUGCUACAGGUCACCAACCACGGCUCUGCGGAGCUCCUGGGCGCUCAGCCAGCUCCCCGCCCACGGCCAGCGCCGGAGUGUUGGCGCGUCCUGCAGGAGGUUCCGAGAGGCUGCCCCUCCUGCUCCUCCGGGCUCUCCGCAGACAAAAUCACCAGAAAGGUGGCAUCGCCCCUCCCCUGUGCUGGCCACUGGUAUCCUCUGACCUGAGUGCAUCUGGCUGAGUACACUUGUUGGGAGGAGGCUCUAGAGGACACACCCAGCCUGGACCAGAUCCACAGCCAGUUCAAAAGAAUCAACCAAGGUGAGAAGACCAGUGUUGCCAACUCAAUGCUGCGGAUGUCGGGGAGGUAAUCCCAGCACCUGGAGCACCGGAUCCGGGAGUGGGCUGAGGAAUGGCGGGAGAGGCAGAAGACGGAAAGGCUGCUGGCUCAGAUGCUCCCUCCGUUGGUGGCCGAAGCUUUGAACAUUGGGACAACUGUGGAGCCAGAGUACUUUGACCAAGUUGCCACAUACUUCAAUGACAUACUGGGUUUUACUGCGCUCUCAGCCCUGAGAGAGCCCGCUGAAGUGCUGGGCUUGCUCAGCGACCUCUGUGUGCUCUUCGAUGCUGUUCUGGGCAGCCAUGAUGUGUACAAGGUGGAGACCAUUGGGGACGCCUCCAUGGUGGCGUGGGGGGACUUCUGGACGAGGCACGUGCCCGACGUGCCCAUUCACGUCAGGGCUGGGCUGCACUCAGGGGCCCUGUGUGGCGGGGUCGUGAGGCUCACCACACCUCAGUUUUGCCUCUUUGGAGACACUGUUAACACCGCGUCUCGGAUUCAGUGCACAGGGCUUCUCUACAGAAUGCAUGUCAGCAGAAGCACUGUCUGGACACUGCUCACAGAGGAAGGCCACAGCAUGGACACCAGAGGCCAGACCGAGCUAAAGGUGUGA